AUGCUCGGUCCCAGCGAGCUCACGAUGAUCGCCAAGUAUUUCGGAUCCGCCAACAGCGCGAUGCUGCUUCGCGCCGGCGCUCUGGCCGCGCACAACACACUGGCCGCGGCAGCCCUGCGCGGCCCCGCACCCGCGCCUACCGAGACGGAGGCGGACCUGAUUGAGCGCUUCUUUGCCGACAAGCCGCGUGUCGCCUCAGCCGUCGCCCCAAAGAAGUGA